AUGCCUCUAAACUCCAGAGCUGUUUAUUCUCGGCUCAACCCCGAUUUCGCCCCUUUUGCAAGUCGAAGGAGUACUGUUCACAGUACAAAAGGCAUAGUAACUUGUACUCAACCCUUGGCGGCCGCUGCAGGCCAAAGAAUUCUGAGUGAAGGGGGUAAUGCUGCAGAUGCUGCUGUGGCCGUAGCCGCUGCACUGAACAUCACGGAGCCUUCAUCCACCGGCAUUGGCGGUGACAUGUUCUGUCUAUUCUACGAUGCUAAGACCAAAAAGGUUCACUCGUUGAACGGCUCUGGCCGAUAUCCCGCCAAUGCUACGCUCGAGAAGAUUAGGCAGGAUCUGAAGAUUGGCCCUGACGACUCUGGGAGUAUACCAAUGACCAGUGUCCUGGCCGUAACAACCCCUGGUGCAGCUGCAGGAUGGGUGGAUACAGUUGAGAAGUUUGGCAGUGGAAACCUGUCUCUGGAACAGAUCCUGCGUCCAGCUAUUGAGCUAGGCGAGGACGGUUUUCCUGUGUCGGAGCUCGCAUCUUUUUUCUGGCACGAAAGCGAGCAUUUGAUCCGUGAUGCAUCUCCUAAUUACCAUGAGAUGCUCAAGCCCGAUCCGAACGCCCAAGAUGGUGUUAGGAGCCCUCUCCCGGGAGAAAUCUUGAGGAACCCCACGCUCGCUCACACAUUCCGAGCACUCGCCGCAGAAGGGAAAAAGGGCUUCUAUGAAGGUCGCGUUGCAGAGGAGCUGGUCAAAGUCGUUCAGGAUCUGGGAGGCUACAUAACCCUAGAUGACCUCAAGUACCACGCGGAAACCGGAAGCCAGGAAACGGAGGCCAUCUCACUCAAAUUUACCGGUCAAGAUAUUGUAGAGAAGCAGACAGCUGGAACGUCUGAUGAAGCCAACCAGGGCGUUGAGAUUUGGGAACAUCCGCCAAAUGGACAAGGUAUCGUUGCGCUAAUGGCCUUGGGUAUCCUUGAGGAACUAGAGCGUACGGGAAAGAUUCCCAAGUUCACUGAGUCCCAGCAUAAUUCUGCUGAGUAUUUGCAUGCUGUCAUCGAAAGUCUUCGUAUUGCGUUUGCUGAUGCUUCUUGGUGGGUCACUGACCCGGACGUGGAGAAGGUUCCUAGCAAGGACCUCAUAUCGCGCGAAUACCUGGCGGAGCGGGCCAAACUUUUCAGCCCUGAAAAGGCGUCCGAUAUCCUUGACCAUGGUAGCCCCGCGCACAAUCACUGUGACACUGUCUACUUUGCAGUGACAGACAAAGAAGGAAAUGGCAUAUCUUUCAUCAACAGCAACUAUGGUGGAUUUGGGACGAGUAUCAUACCCAAAGGGUGCGGAUUUACGCUCCAAAAUCGGGGUGCGAAUUUUUCGCUGACCCCUGGGCAUCCGAACGCCUUGGCCCCGCGCAAACGGCCCUAUCAUACCAUCAUCCCGGCAAUGAUCACCAACAUCUCUGAUGGUUCUCUGCAUUCGGUAUAUGGUGUCAUGGGUGGCUUUAUGCAGCCGCAAGGCCACGUCCAGGUCCUGCUUAAUAUGCUUGCAUUCAAUUAUCACCCACAGGCUGCGCUUGAUGCGCCCCGAAUCUGCAUCGCGGCUGGCAGUCCUGAGAUAGGAAAGACUAUUGAUCGUACAGUCUAUGUUGAAGAAGGAGUCAGCGAUGAAGCUGUCGAAGGCCUCAAGCAGCUGGGUCAUCAGGUCAAGGUCCUGACUGGAUGGAAGAGGGGCAUGUUUGGUCGAGGACAGAUCAUCCGUUGUCACUACGAUGAUGGAAAGUUGAUAUACAGCGCAGGAAGUGACCUAAGAGGCGAUGGACUGGCAAUUCCAGUCGUGUGA